AAAAUUCUUGCAAGGAAAAAUCAAUACCAAUCCAGACGUAGUGGCGUUUGGCUCGGUAUCGCAACGCAAACGAAAUAGAUUUGUGAUUUUUUAUCUCUAAGUACAUGGUUAAACGGUGUUCAAAUGGAUAUUAACUAAAGGUUUACAUGGUUGCACUGAAAAAGUUUUAGAGUUUGUAUUUAUUUUGUUCUGGUGUUUAAUUUGUUGCGCUGAAAAACGAAGUAUACCUACGCAUCAGAUUGAUGGAUAGUAAAAUAAUACCUUUCAACCACUUCGAAAAAAAGACCAUAGAGUUUUGCAAGGAAGGAUUGUGAAAUUGCACCCCAUCACAGAAAGGAAAGGACUCAUCUGUAUUAGUGUUAGUACACCCUACAUCACCCAAGUAAAGGCUUGUUGCAAACGCAAUGUAGGGGAUGGAAAGGAAAACUAAAAUAUAACAAAUUUGGUGAAAAUGUAGGGCAACAAUGCCAUCCCUUCGAAGAACCAUUGAUACAUCGCUAAGAUAGUUAAAAUUUAAGACUGGAAUAUUUGCUCGUUCGCCCCGGGUCCAAUUGUUUGUUUUGGUUCGGUUUCUUCAGUUCACUUGCUACUAUCUUUUCACUCGUUCUACGAUAAGACGCGACGCACUAAUGAGAUGAAAAUACGAUUACCACAUUUGCAUCAUUCUUUUUUUGAAUUUCAGCGGAUACAAUAACAAACAUACAUCUUCAUUAUCAAGGAUGCCUGAGCAUCUUGCUAUACAUGUAAGAACAAUUUAAACGGUAUACACCAUAUCUUCUUUUUCUGAUUCUGAAUGACAAACUAUGUUGUGGGAGUGUGAGUUAUCGACGAAUAACUAAUAAAAACGCCCCCUUUUCCAUGACAAGUUCAGCUUCAAGAAGUUCCCAGCAGUUAGCUUUUGCUUGAUAUUUUACUAAUACCCAAAGUGAAAAACGGAAUAGGUAUAAUCGUUUAGUGAACAAUACUAAAGAAAUACAAACAAAACAUUCGCUGGAGUUCAGUCCAGUAACGCUGAUUUGUGUACUAGUUUCGAUACGGACGUGAUAAAAUAAGCAGCGUGAUUCAUAUUCAGAUACUGAAGUGAGAAAUUCGUUCGGUUACGAUGAAAGAAUUGGCUUGUGUUUUGCUAUUAGCUUUACUCAGGACCGUUCCUAACAUAGAAGGAACUCCGUUAAAGGUUCGAACCUGCUUGCAGUAUGGAGCGACUUCUGUUACCAACACCAACAGCCAAUAUAGUCAAGAUGGUUCGGAUGAUUAUGAUAGCUAUGAUGAACCUGCGGAGCCAACUGAUAAUACACUAGUGGAUAAGAAUACGUCCACCGUAGUCGCAUGUGCCCGUUACGCAACUUUCUGCUACGCAUUAUGGACAUUUGACACAACGAAGAAUACAACCAAAGUAGUUGUACAAGGGUGCUGGGAGCUAUCGGAUAAGAAAGAAACAUGCUACCAUAAUGAGUGUGUCAGCCACAAGGAAACCCAAAGCGGCCAUUAUUUCUGCUGUUGCUCGGGUGACAAUUGCAACGGCAAUUUCAGUUAUGCCUCUAAUCCAAUCAUACCGGAAAGUGUCCGUUUGGGUGCCGAAAGUGAAUACACACCUUUUGCACCGUACACAUCGAUAUGGAGUUCUCCGACGGUUUAUAUCUGCUUUGCAAUGGUUGGAAUCAUUCUGAUGUUGAUAAUCGGAUUCUUGACAUGCAGGAAAACGUCCAAAGCGGUUUCAGAACUGGCCCCGUUGGAACCUUCUGGACCCGGCUACAGUUCAAAUUUAUACAAUGUAGAUAAUUUGAAAUUGGUUUCAAUGAUUGGUCAGGGAAAAUACGGUACAGUUUGGAAGGGUAUUGUUAAUGAACAGCAUGUGGCUGUGAAGCUUUUUACCGCUCAACAUCGACAGUAUUUCUUAAAUGAGAAAGAUAUUUAUACGAUCCCUCUCAUGGAAACGCCUUCUUUACUAACAUACUUCGGAUGUGACGAACGUCGCACGAUGGAUGGUCGCAUCGAAUAUCUCUUGGUACUUUCAUUGGCUCCUCUGGGAUGUCUUCAGGAUUGGUUAUCCGACAACCAGAUGGGUUUUGGUGUCUUCUGCAGAAUGGGUAAAUCGAUCGCCAAUGGACUGGCUCAUUUGCACACGGAGAUUCGCAAAGGAGAUUUGGUGAAGCCCUGUGUGUGUCAUCGUGAUCUCAAUUCAAGAAAUGUGUUGGUGAAACCCGACCUUUCUUGUUGUAUAUGUGAUCUUGGCUUCGCAAUGAAAACUUUCGGACCUCGUUAUGAAUGUCGGGGUGAAAUAGCUUUAGCUGAAACAAAGAGUAUCAACGAGGUGGGAACAUUGCGCUAUAUGGCUCCAGAGGUGUUGGAAGGUGCGGUCAAUCUGCGGGAUUGUGAAUCAGCCUUGAAACAAAUUGAUGUCUAUUCACUAGGUUUGGUGUUAUGGGAACUAGCGACAAGGUGUGAUGAUUUUUACCCGGAUGAAAAUUCGGUACCCGACUAUAAGGCGCCAUACGAAGAAGAAAUUGGUACCAAUCCCAACUUCGAGCAGAUGCAGGUAUUGGUGUCCAGAAACAAGACUAGACCAAGAUUCCCCGGCAAUUAUGAAAAUAGUAUCGCUGCUAAGGUAGUCAAAGACACAUGUGAGGAUUGUUGGGACCAUGAUGCCGAAGCUCGUUUAACUGCACUUUGUGUCCAAGAGCGCAUCCAAGAUAUUACAAGUAUGAACCCUAAAGCUCAACUGCACAAAGGUCAAACACCAACAUUAAGCACGAACAAUUUGAUUAUUACACCUCCCGCAACAUACACGAAAGUCAACUCCACAGCUGUUGCGUUUAUGACACCGCCUAAUCAACAGAUCAUUCCACAGAGCCAUCAUUAUUGCGAUACCACCACCUCUUCUGUAACUCAUUCUAAAGUUAUAAACGUACCCAUAAGAGCUCGUAAUCAAAUUAUUCCAAAUGGUUUACAGAAACAUAGCAUAAACGACGCCUACAUUCCAGACGAGGAAGAUAGAUUCAAAUCACUAACUAAUGAUCAUCAUUCGGACGUUUCAUUCCGUUAUCCUUGUGUUCUCCCAAAGCUGGAAAACAACAAAGUACAUCACAAAAUAAAAGGCCUGAACAGCGUCAAAGCGAUGCUGCAGAAAACUUUCCAAAAAUCAAACCCUUACGUCCAGCAGGACUGCGACGAUAGCUCGAAUUUCGUUGAAAAUUCUCUCAUUUCGAAGGUCAACCUGGAGAAUAUACCUUCCAAACGACUGAAUGUAAAUUCAACAAAUCCUCACAUCACCCUAAUAAACGCAGCAGACAAUGAUAUCGAGAAGAAGUUAGCCGAGCGUCCCAGCAACUUGGAUCUCAGUACUAGCAAUGGUGGACGAUACGAAAACAAUCUCAUCCGAUCAGCUAAUUCCAAGUUUAAGACUUUGACUGAUGACUUCACCAGUCAACCGUUUACCAUGAUCCAAUCCAAUUCACCGAACCAAAAACUCCGUAUCGUUGUUUCCAAAUCGGCGAACGCAGUUAAGAAUCUCAACAGCAGCCGAUCAAGCCUCAGCGAUCAAAAUCGUGAAGACAGCAAACAUAUGAAGCGGCAGCGAUCACUGGAAGUAUUUCAUGAGGUCUUCGGACCUAAGGGUAGUAUUGAGCGGCUUAGGAACCCAAGUCAACGGGUUAAAACCCCCGGUGAUGUACCACCCUCGGUACGUAAAAUCCGUGCUUCAAAGACCCUCUCGCUCUAUGACGACCGAAUGAUGGACACUAGCAAAAUAGCCAACUCCGUAUAGCACGAGGAGGUGCUUCUGCUGGAGCUUUAAAUGAAAGACACAGCGAGAGGGUAGAAAAAGCCACGAAAAGACUUAGCCAGGUGAUAGGUGUGAUUAAACGUGACCGAAUAUUCCAUGGCGUAACAAAUAAUGAAUCUCUGUUGACUUAGUCAUUACAAAAGACGAGAUUGGGUUUUAUUUUUGAAUAUAUAACCACAAAGUAAAAAUGUUAGGCAGAUUUUUGUUUGGGAUGUUCCAUUUUGGAAGUAAAAAUUGGUAUUCAAAAUUAUAACUAAAUAUGUAACUCACUUUUUGUAAUUAUAGCAAAGUGAUCAGGAAGAGAUAAAUUUAAGCAUUUAGUCAAAUGAUCAGUAUGUUAGAAUCUAUUGAAAAAAAAUCUGAAUCAAUCUACAAAGCAUAAUGAGGUAAUCUUGGUAAACGCACUUAAAUUACUAGAAUAAGUGUAGAACAGUAAGUAUAUUAUAAGCACUUGAAUAAAAAUCUAAGGUAUUACAAA